CCGACUCUACUCUCCUCCGUGCGAUUUCAAUCCCAAUUCAUAUCUCUUGCUCUUCUUUUCGACCCGCCCUUCUCUCCGUUGCGGGGUUCACCAGCCCACUUUUGCUACCUGACGGGUCACCUCUGUCCAUUCACACCCAUCGCAUACCUAGUCCGGUCGUCUAGGGCGUCUGCAGCCCUAUUCCCACAUCAUGAGUUUCGCGAACAUGCUUAACAAGCUGUCUGGACAGCCAGAGAGCUACGAGAAGAAGGCCAUGUACAAGUUUGGACGCACGCUCGGUGCGGGCACAUAUGGCAUCGUCCGUGAGGCCGAGUCCCAGGACGGUAAGAAGGUUGCGGUCAAGAUUAUCCUCAAGAAGAACGUCCGCGGAAAUGAGGGCAUGGUCUACGACGAGCUGGAAAUGCUGCAGAAGCUUCAACACCCUCACAUUGUCUCCUUUGUCGACUGGUUUGAGUCCAAGGACAAAUUCUACAUCGUCACACAACUAGCCACAGGCGGCGAGUUAUUCGACCGGAUUUGCGACUACGGCAAGUUCACGGAGAAAGACGCGUCGCAGACCAUCCGUCAAGUACUGGAUGCCGUCAACUAUCUGCACAAGAAAAACAUCGUCCACCGAGACUUGAAGCCUGAGAACCUUCUUUACCUCACGCGUGCCGCCGACUCCCAGCUGGUCUUGGCAGAUUUCGGUAUCGCGAAGAUGCUGGAGAGCCCCUCAGAACAGCUCACUAGCAUGGCAGGCUCGUUCGGCUACGCUGCGCCCGAAGUCAUGCUCAAGAAGGGUCACGGCAAGGCUGUCGACAUGUGGUCGCUCGGCGUCAUCACCUACACCCUUCUGUGUGGUUACUCACCCUUCCGCUCCGAGAACCUAACCGACCUGAUCGAGGAAUGUCGGGCGGGCCGCAUCAUCUUCCACGAGCGCUACUGGAAGGGCGUCUCCCAGGACGCCAAGGACUUCAUUCUUACCCUCCUGGACCCCAACCCCAGCAAACGUGUGACCUCUGAAGAAGCUCUGAAACACGUGUGGCUGACUGGUACUACCGCCAGCGACCUCGAUCUGCUGCCCGAGAUUCGCGCCUACAUUGCUCGUGCUCGUCUCCGCCGUGGUAUCGAGAUCGUCAAGCUGGCCAACCGCAUUGAAGCUCUCAAGAUACACGAGGAAGAGGUCGACGAGGGCGAGGAAGAUAUCCCCAGCCCCAUGAACAUUGGCGACUCUAAUGACGGAGAUGCCGCAGCUCCGGCUGCGGCUGGUGGCGACUCCAGCCCCGACGGCACCAGAAAGAAGCGCAGUCUCAGCAAGAUUGCCCGCGGUGCUAUCUUCCGCGAAGUUGUCUUGGCCAAGGUGCGCGAGGUCAAGGAGAAUGAGGAGCGUGAAAAGGUUGAGCGUGAGGCACGCGAGAAAGCUGCCCAUGCUUAA